AUGGAACGGGUUAAGAGGUAUACUAAAGAAGAGAAGAUUGGGGAAGGAACGUAUGCUGUGAUUUACGGGGGCAAAGAGUAUUCAGUUAGUUUAGCUAAUGCCAAAGACCCAAUCGUGACAGAUAUGCCCCCUUUGAAUGCCGUGCAAGAACGAAAGAUUGCGAUAAAGAGAAUUAAGAUAGUCAAAGAUCGAUCGGGGAUAGAAAUGUCGGCACUAAGAGAGAUUAAACAUCUUAAAAGUUUAGUCUCAGACUAUAUUAUUGAAAUUCUAGAUGUUUUUGAACAAGAUAAGCAUAUUCAUAUUGUACUGCCUUAUAUGGAAAGUAACUUAGAAGUAAUUGUCCGUAGCAAAAAGCUGGUCUUUAUGCCCCAAGAUGUUAAGGCUUGGAUGCUUAUGAUUUGUCGUGGACUUUAUGAGUGCCAUUCACGGUACAUUCUUCAUCGGGAUAUUAAACCGAACAAUGUGCUAAUUAGUCGGACGGGCCAAGUUAAACUAGCGGACUUUGGUCUUGCGACUGAAUUUGGGUUUCCUGUUCGUUGUAUGACCAACCAAGUCAUUACCCGCUGGUAUAAAGCCCCUGAACUCCUUCUAGGUAGUACUAACUACUCUUUUGGAAUUGAUAUCUGGGCAUUAGGCUGUCUCUUUGCUGAGCUUCUUUUGCGCACGCCGUAUCUGCCUGGUGAUGAUGAUGUUCACCAAUUAGACCUGACCUUUCGCGCCCUAGGCACACCCUCCGAAGAAACUUGGCCUGAAAUCAAAGAUCUAGCCGGAUAUCGCUUAAACUUCCCCAAGUAUCCCCCCAAUAAUCUUUCUGAACUCUUUGGUGCUGCGGGUCCCGAUGCUGUUGAUCUUCUUACUAAGAUGCUUGUCUAUAAUCCUGCCAAACGCAUUUCUAUUGAAGACAUUCUCGCCCAUAACUAUUUCAAAAACGCACCCACUCCCACUAAGCCCGGCCAGCUACCUUUUGAUGUCCCACCUGGUCAGCAAAAGAACUAA